AUGGAGGACCUACAGAUUGUGGAAAAGAUCGUACGGACAGAUCCGAGGGUCAUUGAGCAUGGUGGUCUGAGCUCUCUUGGUGAUGAGUAUGCUGAUGCAGAGAUAGCAUGGACGAUCGGACACGACGAACGAUUUGGGAAUAAGAUACGCCUGCAGCAGGCACUGAUGUAUUACCGUCCACAUGUGGAUGACAGCCAGUACUCAUUUCCACUGGACUUUACCCCAAUCUACAACUGUAAUUCGCAAGAGAUCGUACAUAUCGACAUACCGGAAAUUCGGAGACCGGUGAACAGAUUUCCAGCUCUCAACUAUCAUGCUCCCGCCAUAGAGAAAGAAGGCGGCUUCAGAAAAGAUCUCAAACCCCUUCACAUCACACAACCAGAAGGCGUAUCUUUCCAAGUUGACGGACGAAUCAUUUCCUGGCAGAACUGGAAAGUGCACGUCGGCUUCAACUACCGCGAAGGCAUCGUUCUCAACAACAUCACCUACAACGACAAAGGCUCCGAACGCGGCAUAUUCUACCGCCUCUCCCUCGCUGAAAUGGUCGUCCCAUACGGUAACCCUGAGCACCCUCAUCACCGCAAACACGCCUUCGACCUGGGCGAAUACGGCGGUGGUUACAUGACGAACAGCCUCUCCCUCGGCUGCGACUGCAAAGGCGCAAUCCACUACAUGGACGCCUCCUUUGUCAACAAAGCCGGGUCACCGCAAACCAUAAAAAAUGCCAUCUGCAUCCACGAAGAAGACGCCGGCAUCCUUUUCAAACACACCGAUUUCCGCGACGACUCGCUCGUGGUGACGCGUGCUCGCAAACUCAUAAUCUCGCAUGUCUUCACUGCCGCAAACUACGAGUACUGCGUCUACUGGAUCUUCCACCAAGACGGUACAGUCCAGCUCGAGGUCAAACUCACCGGCAUCCUGAACACAUACUCCAUGAAUCCUGACGAGGACACCAAGGGCUGGGGCACACAGGUCUAUCCUGGCGUCAACGCGCAUAAUCAUCAACACCUGUUCUGCCUGCGCGUGGACCCCAACAUCGACGGGCCAGAUAACACGGUGUUCAUGGUCGAUGCUACGCCUGGCGCUGCACCUGUCGGUAGUGAAGAAAAUAAGUACGGCAAUGCGUUCUAUGCGCAUAAAACAGAGUUCAAGACCCCAGAGCAGAGUCAGGACUUGGGAGAUGAGCAAUACGAAUAA